AUUCAUCGUUCACAAUUCAGAUCUGGUAUAUUAUCAGUCCAAAAGGAAAACAGCAAAUUGAAAGUAGGGAAAGUUUUUCGGGAACGAAAUUUAUUCCUAAAAAUACACGAAAAUGUCGUCUAUGUUCGAUAAGUUUUUGAGCCAGCAGUUUCGUGAGGUAGCCACCUCGACGUACGCCAUCGUGGCUGUCACUGGCGUGGUGGCUUAUUUGAUCUAUACGCAGACGCGAUUCAGGCGGGACACCUACGACGAGCAGGACUACAGGGACGCUGGCCACAUCAAUCAGAUGGAACCGCUGAGUGGACUCAUGCUGACCAAGGUGCAGCUGCUUGAGCAAUUUAAUUGCAACAAUCCGGAUCGCCGAUAUCUGGUUGCCUUGCGGGCCGUUGUCUAUGAUGUGUCCAAUGUGGCCGAAGACUUUGGUCCGGAGGGCAGAUUCGCCACGUGGUCAGGCCAUGAGCUCACCAAAAAUAUCAAAGCAGAAGCGAUACGCAAGAAAAAGAAUGUUGAGAGGUACAUGCAAAAAUGGAACGAAGUGCUGGAGAAUUGUUUCUUUGUUGCCGGGGAGCUCAUCGACUACAAGGAAGAAACUGAGGAGAACGCUGAGGAGAACACUGAUGAGAAUGCUGAAGGGAACGCUAAAGUGAACGCUGAAGGGAACGCAGAGGAGAACGCUGAAGUGACCGCUGAAUUGAACGCCAAUAUAGACGUCACUGUGGAAGACUUAGAAGACGAUGAAGACGAUCUUCAGUCACGUGGGGAUAGAAUUCGCUGGGAUGAGAAUAAUACUACCAUUAUUGCCUCGCGUUAGCAGCAUUUUCCCCUCAAUUACACUCGCAAUCAUGCGCCCCGCCCUCCCAUCACACGCCUUUCUCCAUCACACAUCAAAAUCCAGACCAUAACUGGCACUUAACCUAUCAUAAGCCCUCAUACAUGCACUUAAGCCCUCUGCCAUAAUAUUGUAACACAAACACUGGCAGAAAUAAAUAUACAAAUACAUACAUACAUAUAUGU